GACAGACUGCGGGGCGCCUGGAAACCGGUCCGAGGGCGCGCGACGGAGAGGAGAGGGAGCGAGUUGAGGGAUUGACACAAAUGGUCAGGCGGCGGCGGCGGAGAAGGAGGCGGAGGCGCAGGGGGGAGCCGAGCCCGCUGGGCUGCGGAGAGUUGCGCGCUCUACGGGGCCGCGACCACUAGCGCGGCGCCGCCAGCCGGGAGUCACCGAGCCGAGGGCCAGGAAGGCGGGACACGACCCCGGCGCGCCCGAGCCACCCGGGUUCUCCCCGCCGCCCUCGCUUCAUGAAUCGCAAGUUUCCGCGCCGGCGGCGGCUGCGGUACGCAGAACAGGAGCCGGGGGAGCGGGCCGAACGAGGCUUGGGCUCGACGGAGGGCACCGGCGCAGUGGUCUCCCUGGCCGCAGGGGGAGCCGCCGCCGGCCGUGCCCCUGCCAGCCCCAGCGGAGCGGCGCCAAGAGACGAGCAGAGAAAGUAUGGCUGAGGAGGAGGCGCCUAAGAAGUCCCGGGCCGCCGGCGGCGGCGCGAGCUGGGAACUUUGUGCCGGGGCGCUCUCCACCCGGCUGGCGGAGGAGGGGAGCGGGGACGCCGGUGGCCACCGCCGCCCCCCAGCUGACCCCCGGCGGUUGGCGCGCCAGCUGCUGUUGCUGCUUUGGCUGCUGGAGGCUCCGCUGCUGCUGGGGGUCCGGGCGCAGGCGGCGGGCCAGGGGCCAGGCCAGGGGCCCGGGCCAGGGCAGCAACCGCCGCCGCCGCCGCCGCCGCCUCAGCAGCAGCAGAGCGGGCAGCAGUACAACGGCGAGCGGGGCAUCUCCAUCCCGGACCACGGCUAUUGCCAGCCCAUCUCCAUCCCGCUGUGCACGGACAUCGCGUACAACCAGACCAUCAUGCCCAAUCUGCUGGGCCACACGAACCAGGAGGAUGCGGGCCUCGAGGUGCACCAGUUCUACCCGCUGGUGAAAGUGCAGUGCUCCGCUGAGCUCAAGUUCUUCCUAUGUUCCAUGUACGCGCCCGUGUGCACUGUGCUGGAGCAGGCGCUGCCGCCCUGCCGCUCCCUGUGCGAGCGCGCGCGCCAGGGCUGCGAGGCGCUCAUGAACAAGUUCGGCUUCCAGUGGCCAGACACGCUCAAGUGCGAGAAGUUCCCGGUGCACGGCGCCGGCGAGCUGUGUGUGGGCCAGAACACGUCCGACAAGGGCACCCCGACGCCCUCGCUGCUUCCAGAAUUCUGGACCAGCAACCCCCAGCACGGCGGCGGAGGGCACCGUGGCGGCUUCCCGGGGGGCGCCGGCGCGUCGGAGCGAGGCAAGUUCUCCUGCCCGCGCGCCCUCAAGGUGCCCUCCUAUCUCAACUACCACUUCCUGGGGGAGAAGGACUGCGGCGCGCCCUGUGAACCGACCAAGGUGUACGGGCUCAUGUACUUUGGGCCCGAGGAGCUGCGCUUCUCGCGCACCUGGAUUGGCAUCUGGUCAGUGCUGUGCUGUGCCUCCACUCUCUUCACGGUGCUCACGUACCUGGUGGACAUGCGGCGCUUCAGCUACCCGGAGCGGCCCAUUAUCUUCCUGUCCGGCUGUUACACGGCCGUGGCCGUGGCCUACAUCGCCGGUUUCCUGCUGGAGGACCGGGUGGUGUGUAACGACAAAUUCGCCGAGGACGGGGCACGCACGGUGGCGCAGGGCACCAAGAAGGAGGGCUGCACCAUCCUCUUCAUGAUGCUCUACUUUUUCAGCAUGGCCAGCUCCAUCUGGUGGGUGAUCCUGUCGCUCACCUGGUUCCUGGCGGCUGGCAUGAAGUGGGGCCAUGAGGCCAUUGAGGCCAACUCACAGUAUUUUCACCUGGCCGCCUGGGCUGUGCCGGCCAUCAAGACCAUCACCAUCCUGGCGCUGGGCCAAGUGGACGGCGAUGUGCUGAGCGGAGUGUGCUUCGUGGGGCUCAACAACGUGGACGCGCUGCGUGGCUUCGUGCUGGCGCCCCUCUUCGUGUACCUGUUCAUCGGCACGUCCUUUCUGCUGGCCGGUUUUGUGUCGCUCUUCCGCAUCCGCACCAUCAUGAAGCACGAUGGCACCAAGACCGAGAAGCUGGAGAAGCUCAUGGUGCGCAUUGGCGUCUUCAGCGUGCUGUACACUGUGCCAGCCACCAUCGUCAUCGCCUGCUACUUCUACGAGCAGGCCUUCCGGGACCAGUGGGAACGCAGCUGGGUGGCCCAGAGCUGCAAAAGCUACGCUAUCCCCUGCCCUCACCUCCAGGCGGGCGGAGGCGCCCCACCGCACCCGCCCAUGAGCCCGGACUUCACGGUCUUCAUGAUCAAGUACCUUAUGACGCUGAUCGUGGGCAUCACGUCGGGUUUCUGGAUCUGGUCCGGCAAGACCCUUAACUCCUGGAGGAAGUUCUACACGAGGCUCACCAACAGCAAACAGGGGGAGACUACCGUCUGAGACUCGGAGCUCAGCCCAUGCCCAGGCCUCCGCCAGGGCGCAGCCACCCCUCAAAGCCAGCCCCGUGGAGUUCGUGCCAAGCCGGACAUCUCGAGGCUUCCUCACUAGACAGCUGUUUCGCAGGCUCCCUUGAAUAACUCAGCUCCUGCAAAAGCUUCCGUCCCUGAAGCAAAAGAACACAAGGGCCCGACUGCCAGAGGGAGGAUGGACAGAACUCUUGCCCUCACACUCUGGUACCAGGACUGUUCGCUUUUAUGAUUGUAAAUAGCCUGUGUAAGAUUUUUGUAAGUAUAUUUGUAUUUAAGUGACGACCGAUCACGCGUUUUUCUUUUUCAGAAGUUUUUAAUUAUUUAGGGUGGUUUAACCAUGUGAGGCUUUUCCUUCUUGCUCUUUUCGGAGUAUUGCAGAGGAGCUAAAACUGGAGUGCAACCGCCCAGCGCUCCCGGUCGUCCUCGCGUGCCCCUCCCGCCCUGCCGCGGGUGCUCGCCCGCUGGGCGCCAGCUCCAGGGCCAGUUCAGCACUGCGGGGUGCAACUAGGCUGCGCUGCCGGGGUCACUUCCCGCCUCCUCCUUCUGCCCCCUCCCUUCCUUUCCUGGCUCGAGGUAGGAUCUUACGGUACAGAACUCCACAAAGCUUCCAAAUCUGGAGGUGGGCCUGGGUACAUUCCAGUUCCUCCCUUGCUCAGCGGUGGAUUGCGAAGGCCCAGCCCUUUGACUUCCUGAAGCGGAUUUUUAACUGUCCAGAACUUUCCUCCAACUUCGUGGGGGCGCACGGGUGUGGGCGCUGAUAGUCUCAGCCUCCCUCCACGGUCACCUCCAACGCCCAGACACUCCCUACUCCCACCUUAGUUGGUUACAGUGUGAGUGAGAUAACCAAUGCCAAACUUUUUGAAGUCUGAUUUUUGAGGGGUGAGCUCAUUUCAUUCUCUAGCGUCUAAAACCUAGUGUGGGUUUGGCCAGCGUCACGGAAAGAUGUGGUUACUGAGAUUUGGGAAGAAGCAUGACGCUUUGUGAGGGUUGGAAGAAACUGAAGAUAGGGGUUGUAAAAUGUUAAUUCUAAUUGCAUACGGAUGCCUGGCAACCUGCCUUUAGGAAUGGGACAGCCUGCGCCUAGAUUUUUACCGGUCGGUCCGUAAAGUGGAAAUGUUGAGGUCACCUGGAAAGCUUUGUUAAGGAGUUGACGAUCUUUGCUUUCCUUAACAAGACAGCAAAACGUAAACAGAAAUUGAAAACUUGAAGGAGAUUUCAGUGUCAUGGACUUCCUCAAAAUGAAGUGCUGUUUUAUUAUUUUUAAUCAAAUAACGAGGCAUAUAUCAGAAACUUUAAAAUGUAAAAGUUGUACACUUUCAACAUUUUAUUACGAUUAUUAUUCAGCAACACAUUCUGAGGGAGGAACAAUCCACAGCACCAGUAAUAACCUGGUAAGAUUUCAGGAGGUAAAGAAGGUGGAAUAAUUGAUGGGGAAGUAGCGCCUGAAAUAAAAUAUGGGCAUGCAUGCUAAAGGGAAAAUGUGUGCAGGUGUACUGCAUUAAAUCCUGUGUGCUCCUCUUUUGGAUUUACAGAAAUAUGUCAAAUGUAAAUCUUUCAAAGCCAUUUAAAAAUACUCACUUUAGUUCUCUGUGAAAAAGAGGAGAAAAGCAGUCCUCUGACUGUAUUGUUUAAAACUUUAAGAAUUUAUCAAAAUGCCGGUACUUAGGACCUAAAUUUAUCUAUGUCUGUCAUACCCAAAAAUGAUAUUGGUCUUUGAAUUUGGUAUACAUUUAUUCUGUUCACUAUCACAAAAUCAUCUAUAUUUAUAGAGGAAUAGAAGUUUAUAUAUAUAUAAUACCAUAUUUUUAAUUUCGCAAAUAAAAAAUUCAAAGUUUUGUACAAAAUUAUGGUUUUUGUGCCUGAAAAUAAUAGAGCUUGAACUGUCUGAACUAUUUUACAUUUUAUAGUGUCUCAUAGCCAAUCCCACAGUAUAAAAAUGCAGGAAUUCAAUGAAAAAAGUCUACCCUUAAGCCCUCAGAUUAGUCUUUCCAAAGAAUUACUCUAUUUGCAUUGUUAUGAUUGACAUUUGUGAAGUCCCAAGAAAAGACCUGUUUUCAUGACAGUAGAAAAUAGAAGUUUGCACAUUAUUUCUUUACUCAGAGAAUUAAAAGAGAAUUCUAAUUUUAAUAUUAAAGCUUUCUUUUCUUUCAAGGGAUAAAUUUACAUGACUUUUUAUAUUAUGGAGGUUUAUUUUUAAAUCAUCACCUUUCUCAUAAUUUUUGAGAUAUUGUUUUACUUCUUCCAUAAUCUUGGAUAUUACAGAACCAUAAAUAGGCAAUCAAUAAGUGGUUAACUGGCUACAUGUUCAUAAACAUUUUAAACAGCAAUUGGGUUUAUAAGGCUGUUUUUUUGUUUGCUUCUGAAGACCCCUUUUUAAAAUUGUUCAAGGAACCUUUUCCAGAUAAAUUAUCUAGUUGAUCUACUCUUAGUCAGAAUUUAUGUAUGUGUAUAUAUGUGUAUAUAUAGAUAAGUAUACACAUAAGUAUAUCUGCAUUAAUUUUAUAAAAUAGAGAUGUAAAGUUUACUUGUACAUUUCAUAAUAUGGAAAUACAGUUUUGAGAAAUGGAAAUGCUAGAUGGAAAACCUCAAAUACCUUUACGGGUUAAAAAUAUCUUUAUUAAUUUUCCCAUGAAAACAUUUUGUGAUAAAAUAACAAGGGACCAAAAUGAAGAUCAUUGAUACAAUAGAGUUACUUUCCUGAUUAUAAUGCAAUUGUCUUAUAAGUUAUCAUUCAUUUUAAGGCAAAUGAAAAAAAGUUAAAUCUUACUAAAAAUGUAGGAUCUGAUUUUAAGUUGCAAGAUGCAAUUUUGUGUUCCUUUUUUCUUUGUUACAUUAACAUAAUAUAGUAGAUAUCUGAGAAGAUUUUAUUGUGUAGACACACACAAAAAAAAUAGUAAUUCUCAGGCCAAAUUCACACAUACCUCCUCACUACGUAGUUCAAUUAGAUAAUUUCUGGAAAAACAUGUUUUUGACAUUAUUAAUUACUAUCCAAAAAUAUAUUUUAAAUCAGUCUUAUUGUAGGUUUCCUUAACAUGAUAUAACUAUAAAUUUGAUGCAGAAAGGUUUUACAUGCUAUGGCUAAAUAGCUUUAGAAGGCAUUUUUAAGUCACUCCCAGCCUUUGUUUUUAGAAAACAAUUUUAUUUUAAAUGAUGUAGCAUAUAGAAAACCAGUGUAUUCUUUUGUUUCUUUUAAUGCUGGUGGCAAAAUAGGACUUGUCUGGAAAACCAUAAGGCUACUUGGGAUAUUGUCCCAUUAGCAUGCUGUUUCCAUGACAAACCCUAUUUUCAGAUGGUUUGAUUUGCCUAUUUUUUUAAAAAACCAGCUAUAAAUGGAGUCCAUUUCCCCCCUCACAGUGUACUUAAUUUAGCUUUUGGAGUAAAUAUAUAAGUAGUAUGAAAGACUUCUGAAGCUCUUUUUUCUAAAAAAGUGUUUUUCACUUAAAAUUUGUGAGGACAGAGAGUCAUAUUUUUUAUUUCAGAGUCAGCCAGUGUCAAACAGGCAAAAGAGCCAGUCUGGAUUUUUCAGCUUGUCCUAUGGUAGUCAUUUGUCAGCCUGAGUUUACUGGCCUGGUCCUUUUGUAUUUAGUGUAAGUACUGAAGCCUUCUGAUAUAGUUGUAUCACUCUUAAUGUCCAGCAUUUAAGUAGGAAAGGAGACUAUAGUGAAGAGUUGGUGGCCAAUUAAGAAAAACAAUAGACUAUAUCACAAAUCAUUUCAGGACUUGGGUGGUGGCAGAUCACUUUCCCUAAUAGCAUGUUUCAACCUUGGUAUUAUAAAUUUUUUUUUAAGAUGCCAUAUUUACUGUGUGUGUGUUUGUGUUCAAUUUCAGCUACUCUUUUAUUGCUUUCUAAUCUAUUGGCUGUUGGCCACAACUUAUAUAAUUAAUGCACAUACAAUUAAUUGAAACCAGUGUCAUGGCAUGGAAUAUCCCUGAUACAUUUCUUAUUAUAAUAGUCUAUGUAACUGGGCUCUGAGAGAUUAGAAACAAAAUGGAGUCAUAUGUAUGUCUAGAGGUGGACACUGGUGAUAUAGUCAUUGAAUACUUUGCAGAAUACACUAAUGUCAAAGGCUUGCAGGAUUAAUGUAUACAAACCAAAAUAAGACAUGGAAUAUACACAAGAAUUCUCUAGUUACAUGACUAAAAAGGAAUUGCAAUACUAUCUUAAAUUCAAGGCUUUUAUUUCAGUGUCCUUACAUUUGAAGUGGGAUCUUAUAAGGGAAGUACCAAACAAAGUAAAGUUUAUUUUGAUAACUCCCAAGAUAUAUAUCUAUGUUUUGAAUGUUGGCAGAUGCCAAUAGCUCUUAAAAUUUGAAAAACGGUACUUGAACAUCAAUUAUGUCUCAGAGUGCCCUUAAACUUUAGGAGCUUACAUAUUUUUAUUCACCUUGGUCAUACCUUUGACAAUGGACAUGUUAAACUUUAACAAUUAUGGUGACAAAGCAGCUUGCUUAGAACUCGGCAAUUAAAACACAAUCUCUAGA